AUGGUCCAUACUUCAGCUGAUCUUGAAGCAUCAAUGUUGAAUAUUAGACCCAGUAAUGUGGAAGCAGUGGCUGUAAACUCUGUUUUUGAGCUUCACCGUCUGUUUUCCACUCCAGGAGCAAUUGAGAAAGUGUUGGAUAUAAUAAAACAAAUACAACCGAAGAUUGUGACCAUCGCCGAACAAGAAGCGAAUCACAAUAGGAGUGACUUUAUGAACAGGAUUAACAAAGCAUGGCUUUAUUAUUCAACAAUGUUCGACGUGCUGGAGAACUCAGAGUCGACUCAGACCAACAAUUUAAACUUGGAGAUGGCGGAGCAGUACCUUGGGCGGGAGAUCUAUAAUUUGGUGGCUUGUGAAGGGACUAAGCGAGUUGUGAGACACCAGACGCUGGGUCCAUGGCGAGUGAGGCUUAACUCUGCAGGGUUUAAUCUGGUUCCCCUGGGUUCAUUUACGUUAACACAGUUAGCCAUGUUACUGGACAUGUUCUCAAAUGUAGAGGAAUAUAGAUUAAUCAGUGUUGCCAGCUUAUUGUAA